AUGCCCAAGAAUUCGAGGUGGCUGAGCCACCGGUAUGGCAAACUGCAUUGCAAAGAUGCUUUGGAGCCUGAUGGUGAAGAAAGAAACGGAAGUGAUGAUGUUCUAUGCUCCUCGUUGUGCAGUAGAACUGCCCAAGAAACGCUAGAUAAUUGUAAUAUGAAGGUACAAAGGUUGAUAAAAACCAAGUGCUGUUGCACCAUAUCAUUGUCAGAGCACGGGAAAGUAUACUCAUAUGUACAUACGCUGUCUCUAAGAAGCAACAGAAAGAUUCUGAACAUGAAACUCUCUUGGUUCAUGAUCUGGGCUGGAACACUGUUUUGGAACCCAGUCACUGCUGAUUGCAACGUUACUUCUCAAAUUGUCACUUGUGAGGAGUUUGGAAAAAACCUCUGUGCUAUCCCCAUUAACCUCUGCCAAAACGUUACCAAAUUGAGCCUCAAAAAUAACAAAAUCACUUUAAAUGACAGUGACAGAAAGGUUCUUCAAAGGCUUACUAAUCUCACUGAACUCUACUUAAAUGAAAAUGUAAUUACUGUACUGCCUAAUAACAGCUUCUGCAAUCUGACAAAACUCACAAUCCUGGAUAUCAGUAAUAAUCAUAUUAUCACAGUACAUCAAGCAGCGUUUGCAGGCUUAAAUCAACUCUCAAAGUUGAAUCUACUCCAUAACAACAUUACUCAAUUAGAUUCAGAUGUAUUUACAUCGUUGAAGUGUCUGACAGUUUUGAAUCUACAGGAUAACCUGUUGAAAUCUCUUCAUAUAAAAACAUCUUUUAAGUUGAUUACAGUCAUCUUAGCUGGAAACCCAUGGAACUGUUCCUGUGGCCUUCUUGAUCUACAGAAAUGGCUAACUACCUCCAACGUGACAAUGGAAAAUGAAAACAACACUGUAUGUGCAUACCCAAACACUCAGAAAAUAAUUUCUAUCAAGACUGCAGUUAUCCAGACAACUGACUGUGAUUUGAAAAAAGAUUCUUUAGAAACCACUGUAACUUCCACUUCUGCCAACAAGCUUAAAAGCAUUGCCUUUCUAACAUCUCUGGCUUCUUCAAACGUUACCGGCGGCAAUGGAACGCGUGUAGAGUUACCACUUCUUGGCAAAAGUUGGACCUUCUUAGUGGGUGUCCUAGGGUUUGUCCUAAGCACUACGCUCCUGAUUUUUACUGCUAUAAAAUGUCCAACAUGGUAUCGCCACUUGAUCAGCUACAAUCACCGUCGUCUGGAAGAAAAUGACCCAGAGAUGUUUGAACAAGAGUUCUCAGCUGAUACGAAUUCUUUUCCCACUGUAUCAGCUGUGUACGUCCGCUGUGAAGUGAAGAUCACACUCAAACCAACAAGCUUCUAAAUCUUGAACCGUGAUCUAAGAAUCCCUGAGACACCUAACCUAUGCAGGUGUCUCAUGUACUGAUUUUAAAAUUUCCCACCUAGCUAUGAACGUGCCUAUGCGCAUGCACAGAAUCAUCCAGGGAUGACAGAGAUGAACAUAUUGAGGCCUAUGGCCAGCCAGUAUCUAAAACUUAGGUAAGAUUUUGUUCAAGUAUCUAGAGGAAUGCACUCUGAUGACAGUUCAAUGUGAAGUAGAGAAACAGGACCAGAAAACGGAAAGAAAUAAUUUCUGUUUUCAAGUGAGUCUCUUAAAAGCCAUGUGGAGGAAAAAUAUUUUUGAGUUUUUCACCUAGCUAGAAACUACCAUUAUUGUUAAAGCAUAUUGGAAAUUAUUUUUAAACUUAUUUUAGAAGCCUGUUGGAUACAUAAAAGUUGUCUGUACUACAGACUAUAGAAGUUGCAUAUAAAGAAGCUGUCCAGCUGAGUUUUUUUGUCUUUGAAACAUAAGUCAGGGGCCAUGGUAGACAGCAUGUUGCCAUCAUUAGAUAAUGUUUAACAGAGAAAGGUACCACACGUUAGUUAAAUUGGGAGCUCCUAAUUUUAAUUUGGUUUAGUGUUUCUACUGGCAACGGGUGCCCUUAAAACAUUAGCGAUAAUUACCUUUUGCUCUGUUUCAUAUCAAAGGGAAGAACAGGAUCGGGUAUGACAGCCCCACCACCUCCAUAAGGUAUUACUAUCACUACUAGAAAAGGGAGCAGCAAAGACCGCAUUUGCAACAUAAUUUAUCUUCUGCUUCCUCCUGUCAAGUCUCCAAUUCCUAACUUACACAGCACAGCAAAACCUCCAAAAACCAUGACCUUGACAUUAGGUCCCUGAAAGCCAAAGAAUCUCCACCCCCACUUGAACUCCUCUUAAAUGAGAUGGUAAGCAUCUCCACGGCAGUUACUCCGAAGAGCUAAAAGCCAGGAACUCCAGCUGCAGCCUGGCACUGAUUCUGAAACUGUUGCACGCAUGGCACUGUGAGGGAACUUCUGAAUUAGAUCACGUCUCAAUCUUCCCUAUUUUACCAAGCUCAGAUGUGAUUUAACAACUUCUGAGAGGCAUAUA